UGACCCUUAAUUGCUACGUAUACAAGUUUCAUAUGAUUACUGUUAUUCUCUCAUAAGACAGCAAUUAUCUUUCAUACCAUCCCAUGUCUGACAUCAAGGUUGACGGUUUCAAGGCUUCAGACAUUAUCGUCGACCUUCACACUGCAUUCGAUGGCUUCACCGAUGCAGAGAGACAAGCACAAGUAAAGAAAACAAAGGGCAUCUUUGAGCUCAAAAUAACGAACGAUGACAAGAAGGAGGCCGUAUGGACGAUUGAUUUGAAAAAGAAUGGUGUCAUUCUGAAAGGACUCGCCUCGCCCAAAGCGGACGUCACACUCAUCAUGUCAGAUGAUACGUUCUCGCAGCUCGCUUCAGGCAAGAUGGACGGUCAGAAAGCUUUCCUCACUGGCAAACUAAAGGCAAAAGGUAAUAUCAUGUUGGCCACAAAACUUGCCGCCGUCCUUCAGAUGGCCAAAGCCAAGGCAAAACUGUAGAGUUGUGACUACCGCUUAUAUUUGUACUGUGGGCAAUAAAUGAUUCCCAAUGAAAGCCACGCAUUUGUAUCAUGUUUAUUCCGAGUCAGUGCAGUUGAACCGUGCGCAUCUUCUCAUCCUCCCACCAUAUCAUUCGUCCCCACCGCGACCAGUUGAGGGAAAAAAUCGGUUGAGCUCAAAACAUUCCACCAAAAAGCCCACGUUGUCGACGUGGCGCGGGUUGAGUAUCUGUCCGAAGAGUGGACAAGCUGUUUAAUUGUUUCAUAACCUAA